UCACAAUUAAAUGUUAAUUUGAGACAUAAAUAGAAGAUUUGACUUUAGAUAAGUAAGUCCAUAAAUAAAAACAUCAUUAAUGAAAUGGUUAAUGAAAUACGUAUAUAAACAACAAUAAGCUACAAUAAUAUACAGCAUUGUCUUCCUCCUCUGGUCGUCUUCUUCCUUAAACAGACACAGACCUUGAGCUACACUACACACAGAGAAGUAGCAUUCUCAAGUGUUUUUACGUACGAUGCUUUGGAUUACAGAGUUCUCCGGCUUCUUCGCCGCUGCUUUAGCGGUGAUCCUCCUCUCCCCCUCACUUCAGUCCUUUUCUCCGGCGGCGGCGAUCCGAUCAUCCCAUCUCGACGCCUACUUCAGACCAUCACCAUCACCCUCAGAUCACUCCCUCGACAACUUCUCAUACAGAGAAUCUCCGAUACUCCGCAACGCCGCCGAAUGCAGAUUCUCCGGCGGCGAUUCCGGCGUCUGCAACCCUUCUUACGUCCACGUGGCAAUCACUCUAGACUUCGUCUACCUUCGCGGCUCAGUCGCCGCCGUGAACUCCGUCCUCCAACACUCGACUUGCCCGGAGAGCAUCUUCUUCCACUUCCUCGUCUCCGAGUCCGAGACGAGCCUCGAAUCCGUAAUCCGAUCAACGUUCCCGAAGCUCAAUCUCAAGAUUUACUAUUUUGCCCCUGAGAGGGUACAGUCUCUGAUCUCUUCCUCCGUGAGGCAAGCGCUCGAGCAGCCGCUGAACUACGCGAGGAACUACCUCGCUGAGCUGCUGGAGCCUUGCGUCGACCGGGUCAUCUACCUAGAUUCGGAUAUCGUCGUCAUCGACGAUAUCCUGAAUCUAUGGAAAACGGGUCUAGGCCCGAGCACGAUCGGGGCUCCAGAGUAUUGCCACGCGAACUUCACGAGCUACUUCAACGGAGCCUUCUGGUUCGACGAGAGGUAUAACGAGACGUUCAAAGGGAGGAAGCCUUGCUACUUCAACACGGGAGUGAUGGUGAUGGAUAUGGAGAAAUGGAGACGGUUCGGGUACACGGAGACGAUCGAGAAGUGGAUGGAGAUUCAGAAGGCCGAGAGGAUUUACGAGCUGGGCUCUCUCCCUGCGUAUCUGUUGGUGUUUGCCGGUCACGUUGCUCCGAUUUCGCAUCGGUGGAAUCAGCAUGGGCUCGGUGGGGAUAAGGUUAAAGGUAGCUGCCGUGAUAUGCAUGAGGGACCGGUGAGUUUGCUACAUUGGUCUGGUAGUGGCAAGCCAUGGUCUAGGAUUGAUGCGAAGCAUCCGUGUCCUUUGGAUUCAUUGUGGGAACCUUAUGACUUGUAUAAACGUUCGGAUUAACGUCAAUGCUUGACCUAUUCGCGCGGUAAACUCUGUUCAAAUGCACUGACGUUUGUCCCAUCGACGCUGGUUUUUAGUGUACUGGCGACUAAAUAUAUUUUUAUGUUAGAGAAAUAAAUAAAUAUUUUGAAUUGUUUGAAAAAUAGUUGCCUAUGUCUUCUUUAUUCAAUAAUUUAAUUGUUUUUUCUUCA